CAACGGAAGUGUUGACGUUGAAAGUACUUUCGUUUUGUUCUUAGAGGGCGUUGAUCAUCGGAGAUGGAGCCACGCAGCACUGACGUGUUCAGAAAAAAGCCUGUAUACAGGCAACACCACAUUCGGCUUUGGCCCUCUACUGUAAGGACAUUGAAGGUGUAAAUCAAAAGUGGCUGGUGAUUUCAACAAAAAUGUGAUGAAUGAGUCAAAAAUCUGAUUUUGCAGUCAAUACUUUCAAUUUAUAACUUAAUUUCCUAAAGAUCAUCUUCUUUUCCAAUUAUAAUUUUUUUUAAAAGUUUUUUUGCAAGUAAACAAUAGAUGUUUAAAAAUGCGUAAAACAUCCUUCCCCCAACUUUUACAAUGACUGCUUGUUUUGCUCAAACUGUGAGCAAUACAACCUACAGCAUCUAUACAGAAUCAUACAGUGAAAUGGCGGAUGGAUUUUCAAUCAUGGUUAACAAUGUGACGGCAUCUCUUAGCAAGGAGGAGUGUAGAACCCUACUGUACCUGUGUACAGAUUUAUUCACCAACAGCUGUGUGGAGGAUUUAAGAGGGGCUUUGCUGGCUUUUGCCAGACAGAAACAAAAUCAAGCAGGGCAGUCUCAGGCUGGUGGUGCCCUCCUGAUGGAGCUCAUGUUCAGAAUGAAACGCUUUGACAUUUUAAAGAAAGUUCUCGGCAGCAACAGACAACAAGUUGAAGGAAUUCUACAGAAAGGAGGUGUCCUCUCUGAUUACAGGGUUCUAAUGGCAGAUGUGAGCGAAAACUUGGAGAGUGAUGAGUUACAGUCCCUUAUCUUUCUCCUGAGCAGUACCCUGCCCAAAGAGAGACUGGCUAGAGCUACUAGUUUCCUAGAUGUGGUGGUGGAAUUGGAGAAGUUAGAUGAAGUAUCCUGUGAUAAGCUAGACCUGGUUGAACAGUGUUUGAAGAAUAUACACAGAAUUGACCUUGUCAAAAGGAUUCAGGCCUACCAAAGAGGUCGGAACGUACCAUGUGUAGUCCCUAAAGUUCCUAAGCAGAAUUUCUCGAAAUACACCCCUGGGCCCCCUCAGCAUCCCAUUAACCCAAUCAGACAACCUCAAUGCUGUUAUCAAGAGUUUAAAAACGUGAAGGUUUCGGUGCCUGAAACAGGGACAUCGUACACACAGGCUUUAGCGGAGGAGUAUCAAUUGAAUCCUGAACAGAGGGGCUUGUGUGUGAUUAUUGACUGUGUUGGCUUCGAUGGAGAGAUGCUGAGCCAGACAUUCGAACGUUUGGGUUUCACAGUCAUCUUCCACUCUCUCCUGGGUCUGAAAGAAACCCAGAAGGUCCUGGAAGACCUGGCCCGCCACAGGAACCUCCAGAGGUUCAACCGCUUUGUCUGCUGCCUCAUUAGCAGGGGAUCGGACACUCACCUGCUGGCUACAGACUCCCACGGACCUGGCAUGAUGCUGGAAGAUCUCAAACAACUUUUCAGCCCAGUCCAGUGUCCCUCUCUGGGUGGUAAACCCAAACUGUUCUUCACCCAGAUCUACAGGAUGGAAGGAGCCCAGCGAAGACCCUCAAUGGAUGAUGAAUACCUUGAGACAGAUUGGCCAUUAUGCCACUACACUGGGAGUCAGGGUGAGGACGAGCGAACGGUCCCGGUGUCUGCGGAUGUACUUUGGAGUGUCUGCACAACAGAGGCAGAGCUACUGGAAGGCUCUGGUCACCAGUCUGUUUACCUGCAUGCAUUAAAAUCUGCCUUGCUAAGGGGAUUUGAGAGGAAGAUGCAUGUAUUGGAUAUUAUGACAGAAGUGAACAGAAGAGUGUUUAGUCACAAUCAGCAAAAUCCUGAGAAGACAUAUCAGCCUCAGCUCUUUCAUACACUACGGAAGAAACUUUACUUCUAACACUGAGUGCAAUCAACACAAAUGGCUCCUUUUCUUUCUUUCAUGUUCACACACACACACACAGACUCACGUGUUUUAGAGUAGAAGUAAUUGUUGUUUACUGUUUGUGUAGUUGAUAAAUAAGCCUAACAGCUUCAUACUGCCAUAGUAAUGAACUGUACUGCAUUACAGUAUAUUUUAUUUGAAGUUAUUUAUUAGUGCAGCUUAAUCGCUUAAAUGUAUCGAUGUACCUUGAAGUUAUGAGGUGAUUUUUGAAUAUGAAGGCUGUGUAUAGUAUCAUGUUCUUCAUCAAUAUUAUUGUGCAUUAGUAAAAUAAUCUAAAGGGUCUAUUAUUAUCAUUGUAUUUUUUACAAGACAUUUUUAUUUGGCAGCUAAAACAAAGUUCUCUAUUACAGUAUCUACUGCUAGUGUGCAAAUUAUUAUAAUUACAAAAUAAAUAAGAAUUCUUCUUUUGUCACAGUUGUAAGAGCAUACAUUAUCCUAUAUGUAAUCUAACCAGAUUUUACUGUUUAAAUCAAUAUUUAAUUGUUUGUAUUAGAGGUUCAUCAUUAAAUCAUUUAUCAGUUA